AUGCAAUCAUCAGGCACUUGCGUAUACAUCCUGGGAUCCGUCCAAUACUCUGCAAAAAUGGGUCAAAUGCCUGGAGAAGGCGUGGAAUCUGUGGUUAUAAACUCUCUGCUCCAUUACGCUGGACUGACGGACAUUGUCGACUGUGAGCUCUUGCUGUAUCGAGAAAGUGGGCAGAGCUGUGCUCAAAGAAGACACGCCCCUACGAAGGCACGGGCAACCAUCUCAGAUGCUCAAACCACGACCACUACUGUCGCCACCACAACUACAGCGGCUGGCACCACAACCACAACAACCAGAAUCCCGACGACUACGACUGCAGCGGCGCCGCAACCAGUAACACCAAGUUGUCCUAAUCCAACAAUGAGUAACUUCUUAAGAACAGUUUUUCUCAGUUAUCACAACAAUGUCAGAGGAAGAAUUGCUCGAGGACAAACGGAAGUGAAUGGGAAUUGGGGUAUUGCUCCCCCAGCAUCGCUCAUGCAUGAAAUGAAAUACGACUGUUGGGCAGAAUCGUACGCACAAUCACAUGUACGAAGUUGUGAUGGGAAACUCUCGCCGCCGGAGUCAAGACCCGGUUACAAGGAGAAUAUCCAUAUUUUAAAUACUCUAGCCACUGAUGAUGCUGGAGCUGCACAGAAUGCAAUGACCACAUGGUGGAACCAACUUGCUGCGAACGGAAUUCGUACAGAUAUGCUUUUCAGCUCCGAAGUACGGCAUCGACCAACUAAUAUUGUCACCAAAUUCACAAAGAUGGCUUGGUGGAACAAUAAACGUGUAGGGUGUGCAGUUCAAAGAUGUCCAAAAUUCUACUUCGUCUCCUGCAUGUAUGGACCAGGAGGGAAUGAUGUUGGGGAACACGUCUACAAUGUUGGCGCCGUGUGCUCUGGAUGUCCGGCCAGUUGUAAUCCUCUAGUCGGACUUUGUCCGUACUAG